AUGGACGGCGAAGAAGACGAUCUAGGCCCCUUUUGGGCCGAGGCCAAGCGGGCCUACGAGCAAGAAUGCGAACACCCUCUCGAUUUUGAUGUUGAUGAUACUCGGGAACCCUAUACUGUUGGCCAUUUGUUGGAAUUGAUCGAGUCGCGAGGGUCGCAAUUUGGCGCGUUUCGCGAGAAACACAGCCGGUUAUGGAACAAGCUUGAACGGUUCUGCGAGCCGGUCGUAGCCCUGGGAGGGGUCACGGGGGAAGUCUUCAAUGCCCUUGAUGGCAUCGGGGGACCAAUUGGAGCCGUUCUGAAGGGAAUUACGCACCUUGUCUCUGCGGCCGAACAUGUGACGAGCGCGUAUGAUUGGGUCGAAACCGUUUUCUCGGAACUACAGAAUUUCUCGGACCGGCUGAGAAGUCACACGAGAACUACCAUCACUAGUGCGAUGCGUCGGAUCAUCAUUGCUAUACUGGCGUUCAUCCUCCGCAUUAUUGGGAGAUCAGAACUACUCAUUAAACGGGGCAGAGUCCGCGAAUAUCUGCGAGUUGCCUUUAUCGGCAAAGACCAGAAAACGAAAGAACUGCUCGACGAGCUCAACAAGGUCAUCGCGAACGAGGGUCGCUUGACGCUCGCAUUGACACAUGAGAAGACAGAGCAAGCCCGUGAUUUAGCUGCGCAGUCCGUCGAGAUUGGACAACAAGCUAGCGAGAAGAUAGACGAUGUGCACAACGACGUGAAGGCGCUCGAAGGUCUAACUAGGGAGUUGAAAGUCCAACAAAUCGACCAACACCUGCUCGAGAACAUGCAUCACGUUCUCAAGACGACAGCCGUUACACAAACAGACGAUUGGUAUUCACUAUUCAAGAGAAACCUCCUCGAGGGCAGCGGCGCUUGGUUACAAAAAGAAGAGCUCUUUGACGUAUGGAUGCAGCAUCAGGCGCCGAUACUCUGGGUCUUCGGGGGUCCUGGAGCUGGGAAAACGAUGCUGUCGACAUGGCUCAUCACGAUGCUCAAUAAGCAGUUCGAAGCGAAAUCGGAGAUGAGCCUAGCCACGCACGUCGGAUAUUUCUUCAUCAAGGAGAACGUGGAUAAUCUUCGGAAUCCCAAUAUCCUCUUCAAGACAAUGGCAUGGCAGAUACAGCAGACCGACCCGCUGUUCCGGAGACACGCUGCGACAGUAUGCGGAUUCAAUCGCAAAACCGCCGGCGCCGAGGAUACGUGGGAGAAUUUGUUUCUGGACUUCUACCAGGGGUUUCAGGGACAGGAUCGGCGGGCGGUUCUGAUCAUCGACGGACUGGAUGAAGCGGAGCUACAUACGCAGAGGAGGAUAUUGCGCUUGAUGAAGGACUAUGUCUCUAGUAUCCGAGCCGGCCAACCCGCAAGGGUCCAAUUCGCAAUCUUCGGACGUUUAACUUUGCGACCUGAGCUGGAGAGAAUCCAGCUCGAUAGGGAGGAAAAGAUAAUCGAGGUAUCUUCAGUCAAGAAUCAUGAAGACAUGGAGAACUACAUUACCAACCGAGUGAAGAAUCUCACGAUCGUACGCCUGAUGAGAAGUAAGAAGCCAGAUGGCAAAGAAGCCAAGAGGUUCGCUCGCGGCGUGCGUCAGAAGGUGUUGGAAGGCGCGGCUGGUGUCUUCCUUUGGGCGCAACUCCUAUUAGACCAAAUGGAAGGUAAAGAUGACCGGCAGAUCAACCAAGUCCUCGCAAACCCUCCUGAGAAUCUAUAUGAUAUGAUAUACUCGGUCUUCAAGCGAAUAUCGCAAGAUGAGGAGGUAGACAAGCCGACAGUGAACCGUCUCCUGGCUUGGGUAGCAUUUGCAAAACGUCCUUUAAGCUUCGGAGAACUAGAUGUCAUACUCAGAACCGAUUUCGCCGCGACGAACUGGUUUCUUUGGAACCAUUUGCGCGGGAAGUUUGCGUCUACUUUUCGGUUGCGGUAUCCUAGAGGCUAUGACCCAGAUGCCAGACAAGAGGACAAUGCCAAUGAAACAGUAGAAGACGGCCAACAGGACGAGCCUGACGUCCAGGAUCCCACUGACGAUGAUGCUAGCUUCAAUCUUGAUGAUUCAAGCGAUGACGACGACGAUGACGAAUAUGCGGGGACUCCAGAAGAGGACGAGACGAGUGAUGCAGGACAAGAGGAGCCGGAUCAUGAAAAUAAGCAAUCGGAAGCAGAUCAGCAUUACUCGUGGUCACAGAAACAUACCAUAGUGGACUUUAGUCAUCAGCGGUUCCGAGAUUUUCUCGUCAUCGAGAGUGAUCCUCUAACCAGGCAGAAGCCAUGUCUGCCAGUCCGGAUAGAUGUUCAUAGUGUCGAGCUUGACAUAGUAUUCGACUGCUUCCGGUGUCUCCGCGCAGGUCUCGCCAGGGGGAACUACGUCAAGUACUACAUUUCAUAUCCCGCAUUCAACGUCUUCUCACAUCUGGCCUCUCUCAAGCAAGAUCAUCUAGAUGACGACACACAGACGCGUAUUCUGCGAGAACUAUACUGGUUGAUUCACGAAGAAAGGGGAUGUCGGACGUUAUUCGCGGCUUUAAUAGACCGGGAGGACGGCGAAUGCGACGCGUUCUGGCAAGUCUGGCUAGCCGAUAACAGGACGACAUCGCUGCUUCAACGCUGGUUUUCCAAAGCAGCAACGCUAGAAUCUCUCUCCGAAGACGAGAAGUCAUGGAUGGCGGACGCAGCAACUUCUGUGCUGAAACUUCUGGAACCCUUGGCCAUGACGGCGGCCAAGAUCUGGCUGACGAAGGAGAGCUACAAGGACGACGCGUACCUAGAUAAAUCGGAAUUCCAAGUCUGGUUCCUGAAGGGAUAUAGGGCGCUGGAUGAGUUUGGACAUCUGCCCGAUAAUCUAGCGCACUGGAUCUAUGCACGGGAUCUAGACUUCUCUACUAUGUCGGCGAGUGAAGUCGAGGACCUGGCUGAAUGGGCGGGUCUGGAGAAAACCACGCAUUGGUAUACUGGCGUCGGGUGGACUUUGUAUCAGCUCCCCAGUGAAAAUAGUGCGCGGGCCCAGGAGUUUCUGGCGAAGGCCAUCGAGAUGGACUCUAGUGCCUGGGUCGCCAUGGAAGCCAUGGCUCGCUCUCUAGGCGACGACGACGAAGAAUACGAGAAGGCCAUUUCCUGGAUGGAGCGUGCCGUCGAGACGCUCCUCGAACACAACAAGGAUACGAACCUCGAGGUCGACGGAUAUCUUCGAACGCACAUAUCGAAGUGGAAGAUGGAGCUAGGAGCCGUCGAUGAAGCGCUCGACACAGCUUACAACGCAUGGAUACAAUUUCCGACAAGCAUGCCAAUAACCAAGCAAUACGUGCGGGCCCUCCUGCAAAUCAAGGACUGGGCCCGUCUGAUCGAGAUCCUGUCGUGGCUCGACAGCUUCGACAACGACUACGGCGUGUCGCAUCUCGUCAAGUUUUUCAGCGAGCUGUCCCUCGCCUGGGACGUCGGCCCCGCCUUCCGCGCCGCUGAUCAGCCCGCCUUCGUCAUCAAAGCGCUCGAGCUCGCGCUGCGCGACGUAGAGAAGACCGGGGACAAGGGUUUUCUCAUCAGCAAGCUGCUCAACUUUGGCGACUUCUACCACGACUACUACGACCGCGAUGACCGGACGAUCCACUGGUGGGAGGAGGCCAUCGCGCGAGUCGCCGAUGCCGACGCCGCCGUGCAGAGAGAAUACGCCAACAGAAAGAUUGUGUAUACGAACCAGUUGGCUCAGCUGUACUUUGACGCGGCGGUUGAUAAUUUUGAAGCGCAUGUCCGACCAAACGACGCAGCACUCAAAUUGAAGCAACUCGCAUUAGCCACAACAUACGUGUCAGGCGGCGACGAGGACGUCUUUGCGUACUACACGCCGGGGUACCCGUCCCUGCUAUACGGGCGGUGGCUGAGGGACUACGAAAAGGCAAAGCCAUCCGUCUGGCGAGAGUGUUUCCGCGCGCGAAUUCUAGAGCAGAUGAAUGGUCUAGACGACGAUGACCCCACGAACGACACGAUUGCUUGCAGGCGACUCGCAAUGAGCUUGUUUCAGGCCGGUGACGUGAAGAGAGCCAGUGCCAUCGUCGCCGUUUUGUUUAAGACGCUUGAGGAGUACAUCUCUGGGAAAGAGCGAAACGAGCCUGAGGGUGGAGUCGUCGAGGAGGUCCACGAAGGAAGCUGUGAAGGCGGAGAGCCGGGAAAUCUGGACGAGCUGACAGACCAGACAGUUAUUAAAGCAAUUGGAGAGAAGGAAACAGAAGCUGACGAUAAAGAUCUCGGUACACAGACUAUUGUACCCGAUCCUGAGAUUCCUCCUCUGCACGAACAUUCACAGGAAAAUAGUGCUUUCGGACCAGAAGAAAAUCUUUCAAGACGACCACAAGCAACGGGGAGCGAAGGCAAAGGGGAAGGAAAUUCCAAGACCAAUUCCCAGGGGAAGUUAGCGCUCCAGCUCGAUUCGGACGCAUGGGGCUACGUUUGUGAUGGUUGCGGCUAUGACGCGGAAGACAAGGGAAAUAUGUGGUUCUGCGACAUCUGCUACGAUAUCGCGUUCUGCAAUGACUGUCUAGAGAAAGCCAAGGUCGUAACGCUUGAAGUACGACGUUGCAAUCCGAAGCAUACCUGGCAUCAAGUUUGGCCCUUGGACGAGGAAAAGGUCCGUGAAAUGGCGGAGGAAUACGGUAUGGGGGGAAAAGUUCAGUUGAAGAAGGAGUGGUUGCAGGAGCUGCGGAAUGAAUGGCUUAGGGGGCCUGGUAGUAGUUGA